AUCAAGUAGUCUAGUAAUCUUGAUUCACACUUCCUUUCGAAACCCUAACUCAUAAGCGCAGCAAACAUGGCAGCCCACAAAGUAACCCCAGUGCAGCACCCCUUCCAGAAUUUCACGCAAUCCCUGAAAUCAAAGACCAUUAAACCUCAGACAAUAAAAUGCAUACGUGCAGUCAGACCUUCCACCGUUAUCAUCAGCUCAAAGUUGCGUGUCGCCGUAAUAGGUGGAGGACCAGCAGGGUCCUCCGCCGCGGAAGCUCUGGCCUCCGGCGGCAUUGAGACAUACCUCUUCGAACGCAACCCUGAAGCAGCCAAGCCCUGCGGCGGCGCCAUCCCACUGUGCAUGCUGGACGAAUUCUCGAUCCCCUCUCACCUUAUUGACCGCAAAGUCACCCAAAUGAAGAUCAUCUCCCCCUCGAACCUUACAGUCGAUUUUGGGAAGACCCUCAAGCCCCAUGAGUUCAUCUCCAUGCUCCGCCGUGAAGUACUCGACAAUUUCCUCCGCCUUCGGGCCAAGGAACGUGGCGCCACCCUCAUCAAAGCCCUUGUGACAAAUAUAGAACUGCCCAUUUCAGAAAAAUCUCCCUACAUAAUCCACUACAUUUCCAACAAUACCCACAGCUCCCUCGCCGUGGACGUCAUUGUCGGUGCGGACGGCGCCAACAGCAAGGUGGCGAAGUCAAUAAAAGCCGGGCACUACACUUGCGCCAUUGCGUUUCAAGAAAGAAUCAAACUGCCAGAAGACAAAAUGAAAUACUACGAAAAUCUAGCGGAGAUGUACGUUGGAGACGACGUCUCACCUGAUUUCUACGCGUGGGUUUUCCCCAAAUGCGACCACGUGGCAGUUGGAACGGGCACAGUUUGCUCAAAACAAAACAUCAAACAGUUUCAAGGCGCAAUCAGAAACCGAGUCAAGCCCAAAAUCCACGGCGGAGAGAUCAUCAAAGUUGAAGCCCACCCAAUACCAGAGCACCCCCGACCCACCAGGGUACGAGGGCGGGUGGCUUUAGUCGGAGACGCCGCCGGCUACGUCACGAAAUGCUCCGGCGAAGGCAUAUACUUCGCGGCAAAAAGCGGCAGAAUGUGCGGAGAAGCAAUUGUUCGGGCGUCGGAAAACGGGGAGAAGACGAUCGGGGAAGCGGAUUUGAGGAGAGAGUAUCUGAGGAAGUGGGAUGAAGAGUACUUCUGCACGUUCAAAUUCUUGGACAUUCUGCAGAGGGUGUUCUAUGGGAGCAACGGUGGAAGGGAGGCCAGCUAUCUGUACAAGAAGUUGGCGAAGGGGAAUCCAUUGGAGGAUGUGAAAAUGGCGAUGGACACCAUGGGGAGCUUGAUUAGGUGUAACAUUGUGGGGAGGGAGAUGAUGGAUUCCUUUGAUAAAACAAUGACUUUGAGAAUGUAAUAUCAAAUUCAUUCUAUGAAUUCCAUCAACAAUUGAUUUUUAUCAUUUUAAUAGAAUUAUUUUUUUUCCUUCCUUAA